AGUUGUGCAUUCAUUCAAUUUCAUUCAUCCAAUCGCGACGGUGAUACAAAUUACGAUUUUGUCGUUUCGUUUAUUUUUUAACUUUCAUCGUUUCACAGAACGAUGUUGUGUGCUAGUAAAUAGACCGAAGAGAAUUUAAAAUAUUCUGUUUUGUGACACGAACUCAUUCAAUAAAAAUAAAUUACUUUCACGUCGAUUACUGUAAAGUGAAGUGCAUUUACAGCGGAAAUUCGAAGUUUCGUCGAAACUUUAACUAACUUGUUUUACGAGACGAAUUAGGGAGCCCGAGUGGUAAUUUGUGGGGCACUUGUCGCAGGAAGUCCGAGAUAUCAAAGAUGAUAAGUCUAUUCGUUCGUGCAAGCCUUGCACUACUCGUCUUUAACGCAUUGUUGACUCCUGCGGAUGCUUUACGGCAUAGGGAGACAAACUAUGGCACAUAUGACAGAGGCUACAAUGGCUACAACGGUGACAAUGGCUACCCUAAGACAGUAGUUGGUUCUUCCUCUGGACCUACACAGCCCCCUCCCCGACGAGGGUUGGGCAUAUCAGCAUGGGGUAUAGUAUUCCUAGUUGUGGCCCUCAUCUUGGCCGGAAUGGGACUAUACUACUUUUCCAUCUGCUAUGGUAUCUGCAGCCCAACCACGAAAAAGUAUGACAAAAUGGGCAUGCCUACUCUAGCUUAGUUUAAAAACAUAUUGCCUGGCCUGGCCCUGUGAUUACAUAUUUCAAGAUUCCAAGUAUAGGAACUGAACACUGAUAGUGUUUUAACAAUUUUAUAUUCGAAAUAUAUUUAUAGCAAGUGCUGAUCUGUUGUAGCAUGUUAGCUAAUUUGUAAAUUAAUGUAAAACAAGGACUGAUAAUGUCUCAAAAAUGGGAACAAAAUUAUAACAUUCCCACAUAUUAUUAAGCUAAAUAUUAAGAGAAUGAAUUAUUUUUAAAAUGUUAAAUUGUCACAUGUUAGUUUUGUGAAUGCGGCCUCAGAAUGAAUGAACAUAUCCUGUAGCAAUUAAAAAGUAAGCCUAGAAUGGUUGUGACGUACAUAAUAUACAAUUUUUAUAAGCAACAAAUGCAAAAUUUUAAAAAAAUUAGGGUGCUACUGGCUUUGGAGUAAAUUAAACGGCUUUAUAAUUACAAAAGACUGUUUUGGACCAAUAAGAAACAAAAUCAUAAAUAUAUAUCUACAUUUUUGUAGUAUUUUAGAUGAUAUUUAUUCAUAGUGUCUGUAUCAUUAAUGUGUUCAUUAAUGGUAGUUUGAAUAAUUAAAUAUUAGAUGAAGUUUUAUGACUGGUAAUUAGCAGGAUUAUCUACAAUAGUAAUUACCUCGAACAAAAAAGGUGCCAUACAAACGAGUACAUCACCAUAUUUUCCUCAUUGUGUGUUGACACCAUUCUGUUGUAAUCUAACUUUAUUUAAGAUGGAUGUGAGUCACUGUUAUCAAAAAUGCAACACCAACAAGAGAUAAAUUCACUAGACUGACUGAUUAUACAACUCAUGAUAAAAUGUAACUAUGAGAAAGUGAUAAAAUCAAUUAUUUCGCUCCAGCAAUGCAGAAAAUGAUAAAAUGCGCAACUUUUUAUAAUUGAGAAACGAACUUGUAAUUUAUUAAACCUUAGUUAAUUAUGGUUGUGUUAUCAGCCAGUGUUUACUGGAAUUAGCAUAUAAGAAGGAAUUCAUCACAUUAUAAUUAUAUAAGUAGUAUUAUUUGCUUAUGUCACAGACUAUAAUUAAGCCAAUUAAGCCUUUUAUCAAUGUAAUCCAACAUGAUGCUGCCUGAACAUAAAAUCCUAUAUGUAAGACUGUACACAAAUUAGAAUAAGUAAAUCAUAAUGUUCAAACCAAUGCUCAAAUAAAUAUUGUUAUGUACACAA